ACUUCGUCUCUUUUGCUUUAGUUUUUACCAGAUUCGUGCAUCUAUGAAAAUUCCACCAAGAGUUCCCCACAGAGUAGAAGCUAGUUUGUUACAUGCAGCAGGUAUGACUUUAGCCUUUCCAGCUUCAGUUCAUGAUUCUCUGAUUUGCAGUAAAACAUUUCAAAUUCUAUAUAAAAAUGAGGAAGUUGUUUUAAAUGAUGUGAUGAUCUUCAAAGUUAAAAUGUUGUUGGAUGAAAAAAAGAUUGAAGAAACCCUUGAGGAAAUGAAUUUUCUGUUAUCCUUGGAUCUGCACUUCACAGAUGGAGAUUAUUCGGCAGAUGAUCUGAACACCUUGCAGCUAAUAAGCAGCCGAACACUGAAGCUACACUUCAGCCUCCAAAGAGGCCUCCAUCACCAUGUCAAUGUCAUGUUUGAUUACUUCCACCUUUCUGUUGUGUCUGUGACAGUCCAUGCUUCCUUGGUUGCACUACACCAGCCACUAAUAAGCUUUCCUCGCCCUGUGAAGACUACUUGGUUAAACAGAAAUGCACCAGCACAAAACAAAGAUUCUGUGAUUCCUACUCUUGAAAGUGUGGUCUUUGGUAUUAACUACACAAAACAGUUAUCACCAGACGGCUUCAGCUUCGUCAUUGCAGACUCCUUCCUGCGUCACGCCUACCGUUUCCAUUACACCCUCUGCGCCACCCUCCUGCUGGCCUUCAAGGGGCUGCACAGCUACUUCAUUACGGUAACGGAAGAGCUUCCCUCUUGUCAGAAACUAGAACUGGCCAAGGCCAACACGCAGGUCCUUUAUGAGCGCCUUCUCAGAAGAAAACAGCCACCAACCCAGAAAGACGCCUGUCUAGAGGAAAUGGAUGUGGAAGCGCGACUUACUGAAUUAUGUGAAGAAGUCAAGAAAAUAGAGAAUCCUGAUGAACUGGCAGAACUUAUAAAUAUGAAUCUCGCACAACUUUGCUCACUUCUAAUGGCUUUAUGGGGACAGUUUCUGGAAGUUAUAACACUACAUGAAGAGCUAAGACUAUUAUUAGCACAAGAGCACCAUACUUUGAGGGUGCGCAGAUUUUCUGAGGCAUUCUUUUGUUUUGAACAUCCAAGAGAAGCUGCCAUUGCAUACCAGGAACUUCAUGCUCAGAGUCACCUCCAGAUGUGCACCGCUCUCAAAAACACUUCCUUCUGCGGCUCUCUCCCACCUCUGCCCAUUGAGUGUAGUGAAUUAGAUGGAGAUCUCAAUUCAUUACCUGUGAUCUUUGAAGACAGGUAUUUAGAUGCAGUUACUGAAGACUUAGAUGCACCCUGGAUGGGAAUUCAGAGUCUUCAGAGAUCAGAGUCCAGUAGAAUGGAUAAAUGUGAGACUGAAGAAAGCUCUCUAGCUGGACUUUCCAGCCCAGAGUUGAAAGUCAGGCCUGCUGGGGCCUCCAGUUUUUGGUCUACAGAAGGUGAAAAGCAGCUAACAAAGUCUCUAAAAGGAAAGAAUGAAGAAUCAAAUAAAUCCAAGGUUAAGGUUACUAAGCUCAUGAAAACAAUGAAACCUGAAAACACAAAAAAGUUAAUAAAACAGAGCUCUAAGGAUUCUGUGGUUUUGGUAGGCUACAAAUGUUUGAAAAGUACAGCAUCAAAUGAUCUCUUUAAAAGCUUUGAAGGCAAUCCUUCACAUAGUCAGAAGGAAGGUCUGGACACCACAAUAUGUGGAUAUAAUUUUGACCUAAAGACCUACAUCAGACAGACAAGUCAAAAGGAAGCUAGCUAUUUGCCAGCUAAUACAGAGAGAACUGAACAAAAGUCUCCAGAUAUUGAAAAUAUGCAACCAGACCUGUUUGAUCCUUUGAACUCUGGCAGCCUAAAUCUUUGUGCAAAUUUGUCCAUUUCAGGUAAACUUGAUAUCUCCCAGGACGAUAGUGAAAUUGCACAAGUGGAACACAGUGUGGCAUCCAGAAGUUCAUCAGAUGAUUGCCAUGAUCAUCAAACUGCCCCCACUUCGGGAGUUAGGACAAUUGAAGUAAAGCCCUCUAAUAAAGACCCUUUCAGUGGAGAGAAAAUAACUGUUAAAAUAGGACCUUGGACAGCGCUUCGACAAGAUGAAAUAUUUGUGGAUAGUUUACAACUACCCAACUUUGAGUCCUUAGAAUCUAACGGUAAAUCUAAAUCUAUAGAACUAACACUUGAAAAGGAAGCUUUGCAGGAAGCAAAGUGUUCUGUUGGAGAACCUUUAGCUAAGCUAAGAAGUAAUCCACCUGCUUCUUCUACAAGAGAAUAUCAUGUUGUAGUGAGUGGAGACUCAAUUAAGUUACCAGAUAUUAGUGCCACAUGUGCCUCGUCUCGGUUCUCAGAUUCAGGUGUGGAAAGUGAACCAAGCUCUGUUGCAACACAUCCAAACCCUGACCUAGUCUUUGAAACUGUACAAGGGCAAGGUCUUUACAAUAACGAAAGGUUAUUUCCUCAGCUUUUGAUGAAGCCGGAUCAUAAUGUAAAGUUUUCAGUAGGCAGCCACUGUACUGAGAGCACAAGUGCUUUCAGUGAGAUCCAGUCAUCCUUAACGUCCAUAAACUCUCUGCCUUCUGAUGAUGAGCUGUCACCUGAUGAAAAUCCUAAGAAAUCUGCUGUACCUGAAUGCCACCUAAGCGAUAGCAGAACCGUGUUGAAUCUAGGAACAAUUGAUGUGCCAAAAUGUGACGAUAGGAAAAAGUCAAGUAUUAUCUUGCAACAGCAGAGUGUCGUGUUUUCAGGGCAUUUGGACAAUGAAAUGAUAGCAAUACAUUCCUUAAAUUCAAGCACUAAAGACCCUUUACAAUUUGUUUUUUCAGACGAAGGUACUUCCAGUGAUGUGAAAAGUAGUUGCAGCUCCAAACCUAACUUGGACACUGUGUGUAAAGACUCCCAGAGUCCUGAUAAAUCUAGUGACCCUGCAGGGACCGCAGUUCCGUUAAGUUCAGGACUGGUUUGUUCAGGCACCCCUUGUGUCGUUUCAGGUUCCAUUUCUACCAGGACAGACGUCAGUGAAGAUAGAACUGUGAAAACAAAAAAUAGCGAUGCGUUAAAUCUCAAACAAAUGUAUUCAGAAGGCCCUACAGUUAAAGAUGAAACUCACCUGGGUACAGGUGACCCUUUUUCAGUCAGUCCUGAUAUGGUAAAGCAAGGGCUUGUGGAAAAUUAUUUUGGCUGUCAAAGCAGUACAGAUAAUUCUGACACGUGUACUGUUAGCUACAGCAAUUCAGUUAGCCCUCCGAAGGAAACUUCUGAAAAAGAAAUUAGUCCUUUUCAGCAGGAACAGGGUAAAGAAGAGGAGGAAGAAGAGCAGGACCAGCGAAUGGUUCAAAAUGGGUAUUAUGAGGAGACAGAUGACUCAGCUGUGGAUGGAACAGCACAUGCUCACUGUACAGACCGAGGUGCCCUAGAAGAAGAAAGAUUUAUCAAAUCUGAAAACAUUAGCAGUGACUAUCUGAGGGAUGGUAUAACUAUGCCUACUGUCUGUACUUCCGGCUGUCUGUCCUUCCCAUCUGCACCACGAGAGUCUCCUUGUAGUGUUAAGUAUUCUUCUAAGAGUAAAUGUGAUGCCAUUACAAAGCAGCCAAGCAGCGCUUCUUACAACUUCACCUCUUCACUGUCCUGGUAUGAAAAUUCACCAAAACCUCAAAUACAAGCCUUCCUUCAGGCGAAAGAAGAAUUGAAACACCUUAAGCUCCCCGGGUUCAUGUACAGCGAUGUUCCUCUUCUGGCAUCCUCAGUACCCUAUUUUUGUGUGGAGGAGGAGGAGGAGGACCGUUCCGAAGACGGAGUCCAUCUCAUUGUCUGUGUGCACGGCCUGGACGGUAACAGUGCAGAUCUCCGGUUAGUAAAAACUUACAUUGAACUUGGACUGCCUGGGGAAAGAAUUGAUUUUCUUAUGUCUGAGAGAAAUCAGAAUGAUACUUUCGCUGAUUUUGAUAGCAUGACUGAUCGCCUUCUGGACGAGAUAAUACAAUAUAUUCAGAUAUAUAGUCUAACAGUCUCAAAAAUAAGCUUUAUUGGACAUUCGUUGGGCAAUUUAAUAAUCCGUUCAGUGCUUACAAGGCCACGGUUUAAAUAUUACCUUGACAAACUUCAUACCUUUCUAUCACUCUCUGGACCUCACCUUGGUACACUCUACAACAGCAGUGCUCUUGUUAAUACAGGUCUGUGGUUUAUGCAGAAAUGGAAAAAAUCAGGUUCUCUUUUGCAACUGACAUGUCGAGAUCAUUCAGACCCUCGCCAGACUUUCUUAUACAAGCUUAGUAAUAAAGCUGGGCUUCACUAUUUCAAAAAUGUUGUACUAGUGGGCUCUCUGCAGGACCGCUACGUUCCUUAUCAUUCUGCCCGCAUUGAAAUGUGCAAGACAGCUUUAAAGGACAAACAGUCAGGCAAUGGAAACAAAAGCAAAAUUAAACAAAUGGGACCUAAAUAAAGUUUUCAGUGUAAAAGCUUUUGCACAUCAAAGCAAAGGAAACCAUCAACAAAACAAAAAGACAACCUACUGAAUAGGAGAAAAUAUUUGCAAAUGAUACGACCAGUAAGCCAAAAUAUGUAAACAGUUCAUGCAGCUCAACAUCAAAAAAAACGAAGAAACAUUAUAAAAUGGGAGGAAGACCUAAAUAGACAUUUUUCCAAAGAAGAUAUACAGAGGCUAGCAGGCACAUGAAAAGCUGCUCAACAUCACUAAUCAUCAGGGAAAUGCAAAUCAAGAUCACAAUAACAAAUACUGGUGAGAAUGUGGAGAAAAGGGAACCCUCGUACAUUUGUAGUGGGAAUGUAAACUGGUGCAGCCAUUGUGGAAAACAGUAUGGAGUUUCAAAAAAUUUUUUAAAUUAUAGAACUACCAUAUGAUCCAACAAUUGCACUUCUGGGCAUAUAGCCAAAGAAAAUACUAAUUCCAAAACUUAUGUGCACUCCAGUAUUCAUAGCAGCAUUGUUUAUAGUAGCCAAGACAUCAGAGCAACCUGAGUGUCCACCAGCUGAUGAAUGGACAAAGAAGAUGUGUAUCCACAUAAUGGAAUACUGCUCAGCCAUAAAAGAGAAUGGAAUAUUGCCAUUUACAGCAACAUGGAUGGACCUGGAGGGCAUUAUGCUUAGUGAAAUAAGUCAGACAGAGAAAGACAAAUACUGUAUGAUAUCCCUUAUAGGUGGAAUCUAAAAA